GCUGUUAACUUUCUACUUUUAGUGUAUUUAGGAUGACUGUGAAUCACGACCGACCGAUGACUUAUUCCAAAAUGAGACGGCUUGUGUCCUUUUUCUCAGCUCUGCUCAAGGGGAAGAAAGCUGGCUUCAGUGAAUUCCUACACAAACUGGUUUCCAGUCAGCAACUCUGCCAGCACAUGGACACCCAGAAGCUCCUGCGACGGCAAAGCAAACUGAGAAGACCGAAGGAGGACAAAGUCAAUAUGAGCCCAGUGAACCCUGAAACCUCUCGGAUGAAACCGUCCGAUUUUGACUACCUCAAAGUUAUCGGCAAAGGAAGCUUUGGAAAGGUGCUGCUAGCAAGACAUAGAAAACAAGGAGGCUACUAUGCUAUGAAAAUUUUGCCGAAACAGAUGAUUGUCAAGAGGAAAGAGCAGAAGCAUGUGAUGGUUGAGAGGAGCGUACUGCUGAAAGGACUGCAACAUCCAUUCCUGGUGGGACUCCACUUCUCUUUCCAAACACCAAACAUGCUCUACUUCGCCCUGGACUAUGUUAAUGGAGGGGAGCUUUUCUACCACCUUCAGAGAGAGGGGUUAUUUCCUGAACCCAGGGCUGCUUUCUAUGCUGCAGAGAUGGCCAUGGCACUGGGCUACCUGCACUCACUUAACAUUGUUUACAGAGACCUCAAACCUGAGAACAUCUUGCUGGACAAUGAGGGUCAUGUGAUGCUGGCUGACUUUGGACUUUGUAAAGAAGGUGUGGCCAUCGGUGGGAUUAUGCACACGUUCUGUGGCACUCCUGAGUACCUUGCUCCAGAGGUGCUACAGGGUCACCCAUACAGUCCAGCAGUGGACUGGUGGAGCCUUGGCAGUGUGCUUUUUGAGAUGCUUUACGGAAUGCCUCCAUUUUACAGCCACAGCAAAGCAGAGAUGUUUCAGAACAUACUUCACGCUCCUCUGCAGCUGCGCAGUGGGGUAUCUCAGGCUGCUCGCUCUCUGCUGGGAGGCUUGCUGGAAAGAGAUGUCUCCAAACGUUUAGGCCAGAGCCGUGACUUUGUGGAGCUGCAGGAACAUUCAUUCUUUACAUCCAUCAACUGGGACGACCUCCUGGCCCGAAGAGUUACAGCGCCCUUCAUCCCCAAAGUGACCGGUCCCUCUGAUGUCAGCUACAUUGACCCUGAGUUCACAAUACAACCUGUCCCUGCCUCCGUCAAUGAGAGGUGUCAGACGGGCGCAGCGAGCGAGGCCUUCCUAGGAUUCUCCUACAUGAACCAAGAAGAGUGUGUGGCAGCAGGGCCUGUUUUGUAACAACGCCAAAUCCUCUGGGAGCACUGCAGCGAUUGUUCAAAUAUUUAUUUUUUAUGUCAUAAAUUAUUAAAUCAGAGUCUAUUUUUAAAUACUUAAGCAAAAUAUUCCUUACACUAACACUGCAGUGGACUUGUCUAAUUGUGCGUGUUAUUGUGCUAACAGUAGGAAAUAAUAGUGCAUUUCUAAGUAUGUGUAUUUUAUCAAAUCAUUUCACAAUAUGGAAUAGGCGGGUCACUAUUUCACAAGUCCUGAUUAGCUUAAUGUAUCAGAACAUGAGACAA